CAAAACAGCACUCAGACGUAAGGAAAAGCGGGAGACAAGCUUAUCACUGCAGUUUUAUAUAUCAUUAAUCUCAGAAACACCACAAAAUUCAAUAUUUUUUCAUCAUUGCUUUGAGAGCUGCACAAAGAAACAAGAAGGAACAAAACUCUCUGAGGACUCAACUCUUUGCUCUUAGUUAAUGACCACACAACUGGACUAACAGACAUAACAGAGUUACAGCUCGAGAAGAGCAGACGAGAAGAGGCAGGCAAGUCUGACUGAGUUCUGGACGAUGUCUAUGCACCCCAGAGUUGUUCACAAAAGGAGGGAGACCAUCACAGCUCUGCCUCUGUACCACUCUGGACACCUGCAGAAGAAACUCACCAAAGAGAAGGAUUUCAAGAAGUUCUAUGGAGAACUUCGUGGAGCGACGCUGUUUCUGUACAAAGACGACACGCAGGAUACAUACACAGAGAAAGUGGACCUGGAGCAGCUGAAGUCCAUGGAGUUAGACUCUUCUUAUAAAAAGAAGGAACCAACCAUCUUCACCCUCAGUCUGAGCACAGAGGAGCUGCAGCUGAAGAUGAACAAUCCAGACACAGGAGAGGUGUGGAGGGGCUUCAUCCUGACUGUGGGCAAAAAGGAGAUUCCCAGUGAGCUGCAGCUGUUACCAGGUCAGAUGAUGCAGCUGAAGGAGACUCUGAACCAGGAGAAGACAAGAAAGCCUAAACUGUGUCGAGCCCCGACCCUUCCACCUCGACCGCCCUUCCUGCCGCCCUCAGGUUCAGGCCCUUCACUGUCCGAAGAGAAGUCAGCCCCUGUGCUUCCGUCGUGUUUCUUCGAUGUGACUCGACAGGAGGCUGAGAAGAUGCUGAAUGAGAAUCCAGACAACGGAAGCAUCAUCCUCCGCCCGUCCACCCUGCCCAACAACUACGCCCUGACACUCAGACAGCACACACCCAGUGGGCCCGUGGUAAAGAACUACAGACUGACCUCCACAAAGUCAGGGUUUGUCAUUGAACUGGAAACACCAGUGAAGGUUUCCUCCAUGAAUGAUGUACUGAAAUACUUCCUAGAAAAGACAGAGUACCGCCUUCAUCCCUACGCUGUGUCUCAGCCCUACGACACUCGCAUCGAAGUAUCGUCUGCUCCAAAGCGCAUCAGCAUCACCUCAUCUACACCUAAACAAGUACCCAAGGCACAAGUAGCACCGAUGAUGCGUUCAAAGACCAAAGAGGUGCUUCAGCCUCCUCCAGACAAACACGAGGACAAUGACUAUGCGGUUCCUGACGAUCAUGACCUAAAGUUUGCAAACAUGGAGAGUGAGCUUAAGGGAGCUUUAAAGCUACGGAGGCAAAACCUCUACGCUGAACGUGACCAGAAGGAAGCUGUCACCUAUGAGAAUCACUCUAAAAGAAAGAACCCCAACAUGACGGAACGGACUACGAAGAACUGGACAAUGUGA